GCUGCCGAGGAGAUUGAUACGAUAAGCCGCCGUCUGCCCUAAACGUACAGAAGGUGCAAAUCUUCCUGGAAUGACAGUAAUAAUGAGGCUGUAGCUCGCCUUGAGAACGUCCGAUCGACCGUAGAUCGAUUGUGAUAUAGCGUCAUACUGUGUUUUCGGGUCAGGCCGCCCUUAGAAUUGCAGCCUGCCCUUCCUGUGGGGGUACUCAUCACUUACACUGUCGAAGAAGACUGGAAGUACGGACAGCCCAGAGAGCUUGCCAGUCUGUGCGGUUCCAUAAGGAUUGAUUGUCGCCAAUGGCGAAUCGUCCAAGAUCUUCCCCAGCCUCACUUUGCAGUGAAUCCCACCGCCUGCCUGCCCAUAGAAUGAUGAUCCGCCCUCCGAACCAGCCCCUCGGGGUCACCAGAAGCGGGCUGUCCCGCUGUCAAUUUUCCCAGAGUUCCAGAGCAGACCACACGGCGCUUUUCACGGGUGGGGAAAGGAAUAUCACAUCUGAAGGAGAGGGAGCCCCGAAGGCGUCACUGAACACAGGUGACAGGACACACAGACCCAUUCGGCGGACGGACUACCGACUCUUUGACCCUCUCUCCAUUGAGUACCUACUAGGUACUACUAGUCAUUUGUACCCCGUGACUUCAAAUUGUGCGCCCUCGGCAGUGGUGAAGACAUGUACCCUGCACCUUCCAGGAACAAAUCACAAGCCCGAUAGUACGGAAUACCUUACCUACCAAUACCUUGACUUUGACCUUAAACACAUACCUUCAUAUUUUACGGAGUACUCAUUACUCCGAUUCAGCACUUGCUUCGGGCCUAUAAUGACAGGUUCAGGGUUGUCUGAUGAAACCCGGUAUCGGAAUGGAGCCCAGGCCUCGUGAUGGCUUCCCCUCCUCCAUUCCAUUCUCGGCUAUUUGUUAUAACGGGGCUCUUCCUUUUCUCUAUAUAUAUAUAGAUUUUUGUUUUUGACUGGGGCUUGGAUCGAAGCAACCGCAAUUAACUAGUGCUUUCACACUCUGUCAAGAUACAGAGUAUUCC